AUGCCUCUACUAUGGAAUGGAUGUUUAUCAAUAUAUUGUAUAUCACGAAGAAAACGUAAAUCAUUUUCAGUAAAUGAAAAACAUCAUGAAACAGAAGUUAAUAAAAUAUGCCUACGACAUAUUGAAAAUAUUCAUAACAUUCCAUCAACAACAAUUAAUCAUCAACAAAAUGAAAAAACAAAUUUCAAAGAAACAGUUAAAAGUAAAUCAGAUAAUAUAGAAUCACAUUGUGAAAUACAUUUAUCUGAUCAACCAACAAAAACAAAAUCAAUCAAAAAUAAUGAUUCAUCUUAUUCUCAAAUAUCUCUUUCGAAAUUUUUUCAUAGAUCUGAAAAACUUAAAACACCAUCACCAUUACCAUUGACUAUUGAUAAUAUUUCAGAAGACAAUUAUGACAAAACAAUUAAUAAUACAUUAUCAAGUUGGUCAUCAUCAACAAAUAGUAAUUCAAAUCAAUAUAAAACAUAUUCAAAACAUCGAUCAUGGAUUGAAAGUUAUGAUUUAAAUGAACAAAAUAUUUUACAAAAAAAGAAUAUGUCUCAGACUAAAAAAAUAUCCAAUGAUAUGAAAUCUUUGGAUAAUAAUAAAUUAUUUUUAGUCCAUGUAAGAAAAGAUAUUAAAGAUCAAAAUAUUCAAUAA